GCAACCUCCGGAGUAGAAGAGGAGAAGACGGCCGAGGCUCUCUUUCCUCUGCCAGUGGCCUCUGGUGCAGCGGCGGCCAUGGAGGAGCUUCCGGAGCAGCUGAUCGUCGAGAUCUUGGGGCGCCUGAGCGACGCCCGCGACCUCGCUCGCUGCCGCCUCGUCUCCCGCACCUUUCGUGCGCUUUCGUACCUCGUUCACUCCGUCUCCAUCGUCUCCUCCCCUCUUGCCUCUCAGCACCAGACCAGCGGCACGACGGCCGUUCCCUUCACGGCUCUCGCCGGCCGGUUCUUGAGGCCUCUGACCCGGCUUGAAGCGGUCCGCGUCGCCGUCGACGAGCCACGCCUCGGGCCUUUCGGAGAUGGCAGCAGGGAGGAGGACGACGACCUGUUUCUGGUGGACGUGGGAUUCGUUUCUGGCUGGAUCCCGGCCACCUGCGGGGGACUGAGAUCGAUUUCGAUCUCGAGCUACUGGCCCCAGUCAUGCUGGCGCAGAUCCACCGUGCUAGCGGUCGUCUCCAGCUACUGUAGUGUGCUGCUCAACUUGGAGUUGAAGAAUGCUUGGUUGUCGGUAGAGAGGAUGAAGAGAAUGCCCAUGCUUACAAGCCUGACGCUUGAGUAUAUAAGGUUAGAUGAUGAAAAUCUCGAUUGUCUGAACUCCUGUUUUCCAGCUCUGCAAAAGCUAAACCUAAUUGAUGUUGGCGGGCUUAAGGAUCCAAAACUUCAGUUCUCCGAGCUCAAAACCUGUCACUGGGUGGCAUCUAAUUGUCCAACUUCGCUGACUAUAGACACACCUAAUCUUAUUGAAUUGAGGCUGAGAUGCGUGAAACCAAGAAGGUUCAUUCUGAAGGCUCCAUCACUGUUCUCCUUCUUCCUGUCAAUGAGCAACAUAGGUGACAUCUUCGAAGUGGAAAGGUUUCUCAACUUAAGGACACUGCGCGUUGAGUCUGCAGACCUUUUUGGGAUCAUUCCCCUGUUUUCAGGAACUGAAACAAUUGAAAACCUGAUAUGUGAGAAAUCCUCUUUCUUCGUUUCGCAUGGCACUCUCAAGCAGGAUGUGCGUGGCUUCAAGGAUGUAGUAUGUGCUGCCACGAAUGUGAGGACCCUCUCUCUUGGUCCUGUGGCUUGGUCUGAACUACAAGAAUCCUUCUACAAAGGGGACCUUAAGAUUUGGUGGAGCUGGGAGCAUCUGAAGAAACUAGUUGUACAUUUACUGAUAAAGGAUGUCAAUGCUGUUUGUUCAUUCAUUUCCUUUGUAUUAACCCGAUCUGCCGCAUUGGCAGAGGUGGCCCUGUUCAUACACUGUGAUGUGGGCCAGGACGUUCGCAACUGUCUCAUUUCCAGGUGUACCAGCGAUUUCCCCAGAGUUAGAUGGAAAUGGGGAAGCUGGAGUGAGCUGUAUGGAGGUAGUGCAGCUUCUUCUAGCUAGCAUUAUCUGGUUUUAGUAACUGCAUAAAAAAAUAUAUAUUGGAAGAAAACUAUAAACUGUUGGAUGAUUGCAAGCUGAAGGGUUAUACUAAAGCGUUAUGUAGCCUGCAAAUUGUUAGAGAGUUUACCUCUAUUUGGUGUUGCAGCCGUAAUUUGAUUAUGUUUGUGAA